AUGAUCAGAUUCAAGGUUUCAGACAGUUCCAAAGCAACAGUGAUGGAACCCAGCACACAUUUCAAACCCUGGUUGGUAAUUACCAAAAAAGGGCGGCGUAAUAAUCAGGAUCACAAUCGAAAAGGGAAGGACGAAAUUGAGGCUGGAAAACUGAAUCAAGGUAAUGUCAUUAAGAAUGGAAAGAAUAUCUCGGCAAGAAAGGAAGGUGAAGAUGUGAAUGGGUGGCCCUCUCCUCAUUUCCAUACUUCCCAACGGACAAAUACUUCGGACUACAAAAAGGAAGGAGACGAGUUGAGCUCCGCGGACCAGGAGGGUUGGUGGGCAAACCCGGGGCUCGACGGAGCUGAACAUGGGUGGAUCACGGAACCGAACUCGGGUCAAACCGGGCAGCCAACUGAACCACUGAUCGUUUGA